UCCAGCUUUCUGUUCUCGCAGGUGCGCACAUCUUGACCGACUCAGCAGGAAGGUGGAUUUUCUUUGUGUUUAAAGAAAAAAAAUGUCCCCGUGUCUGUAGAGAUGCUUUGCAGUUCAGCCCGGCGGAAGCUGACCGAAUGAGACUAUGGGCUGUGCCUCUGCUAAGCAUGUUGCCGCUGUUCAAAGUGAAGAGGACGCCCAGAAAGGGAAGAACUACCAGAACGGAGACGUGUUUGGCGACGAGUAUAGGAUCAAACCGGUGGAAGAGGUCAAGUACAUGAAAAAUGGGGCGGAAGAGGAGCAGAAAAUAGCAGCCAGGAACCAAGAAAAUUUGGAAAAAAGUGCCAGUUCAAACGUAAGACUUAAAACUAAUAAAGAGAUUCCAGGAUUAGUUCAUCAACCCAGAGCAAACAUGCACAUCUCUGAAAGCCAACAAGAAUUCUUCAGAAUGCUGGAUGAAAAAAUUGAAAAGGGUCGAGAUUACUGUUCCGAAGAAGAGGAUAUCACAUAGCACCCAUUCUACCACUGAAACCAGGAGCUACUACUGUGUAAAUAGGUUACACCCCAGUUGAAAUCUUUGCAAAGGUCGGUUCUCUUCAGCGAAACAGCACUAUAGCAAAAGAAGAUCGUUCCAUAUCGUAUGCCCCAUUAAAUUACAGUGUUUCUUAAUGAACUUGCAAAGGAAUAUUGCUAAAAACAAACACACACACACACAAAAAAAAACUGUUAUCGAACUUUCUUUGUUGCUGCUAGUUAAAACUUGUUGCAACUUCUCACUUCUCUUGUGUCCAGGUAUGCAGCAAAAUUCUGCAAUUUCAUCUUAAAGAUACUGUUGGUUUUACAGAUGCUCUCCAACUAUUUUCUAUAAGAUGAGGUAGUGGUGAACUCAGAUAUCAACCUUCUGUUGUAGAACUGUUCUGCUUCUAAGACAAGCGUCUCCUUCCCUCUCUCCUCCCUCUCUGUCUCUCCCGAGCGGUCCAGAGCCUUGCUUCUCACUGGCAAUGUUGCGCUUUGGAGAUGGGAUGGUUGCUAUGGCAAGCCUUGUUUCUUUGCUAAGAAGAAGUAGAGAAGCCAUUUUCCAUUAAAAGCAUGUUGGGACGUGACUCCCGGAGUGACGUAGGAGCGAGCACCGGGUGGUUUCAUUGACUAGGUAUCUUCAUCAAGGAUUAAGUUUGCAACAUUGGCUUUGCUCAGAUGCAGAUGGAAGUGUGAUCACAAUCAUUUUGAAUCCCUCUUCCCCACUUUUUUUUCUAAGAAAAUAAACAUUUUACUGUUUUUAUGUAUCCUUGUCUUCUCCCAUUCAUCCAGUUCAGUGUCUUACAGUGAUCCUGGGUGCAGAAGAUGAGCCCUCCUUUGCAAUGACACCAGUAAUUGAGCGUCAUGGCUCCCUACCCUCCCAUCAGUCCUCUGUCACGCGUUAGCAGGGCUGCCAGUGGUCAGAGGAGAUGAGGGGACGCCCCCUCAACGUUUUAGGAAGGCCACCCUGUUUCCUUUCCUUUUGUUAGCAGAUAAGCCAUCCUACUUCCUCACUCGCUCCCUUCCAAAUGUUCCAUGAGCCUUGCCACUUCCUUCUCUCACUCGCGGCACUGGCUAGGACAGUGCAACCUAGUACGUCGACACUGGUGACGAUAUUUGGAAAUGCAGAAGCCAAAGCCCUAGGGCCGUGUUGGGGAGUGUGAACUGUGGGUUUGGUAGAGUUUAUUUUUCCAUAUUAUAUGAAGAGAAUGAUCUCUUCUCAAAGAUAGAAGUAAUAUUUUUAACAAAUGUUGUCACAAGUAAAUAGCAAUCAAAAGGAGAAAAUAACUUUUGUAUUUUUUUAACACGUUUGAUAGCUUUGACGAGGGUUGUCUUUGUUACUUUCAGGGCAGCGCAGCCUGCUGAAUGCUGUGCCAGCGGGCCAGGUGGGGGGUCGUGCCACAGAAACACGGCGGGAGCACCGUAUGUUGCUCUCCUGUGGGGUUUGAACGUGAGGGGCUCAGGAUCAGCCACACUGCCGCCCUCCAAAGGUGGGUAGUUGUUACUCGUCCUGGGUAGCCGAGAGAUCGCCUGCCACAGACCAGAACAAGAAGCUGAGUUUGCUCUCGCUGAGAUGAGCCUUGACUUUAAAAUCCAUCCGUGACGCAGAUGGCCCCGUGGAUGGGCUAAUGGGGAGAUUCCUUAUCUGCUGUUAGACCCCAGGGCGCAGAAGUGAGGGGAAGGAAACUCAGUCAAGUGCUACAGAAAACGGACUCACAUGUUAGCAACAAAAGCCCUUAAUGCUUUCAGCCAGCAGCAGCUAUUUCGGGGAGCAGCUGUGGUUGUUACAUAAAUAGAGAUGCAGCCAAAAUUUAAGGCUUUUUUAUCCUGCUUCAAGCAGAAAAAUGCAGAGUCAAGUCGCCUAGGGGUUUACGUUCCCUCCCUUUGUAUGGUUUUUGGCCGAGUGACUAAAAUAGUUUUCCUCAACUGUAAAUGAACUGCUGAGCCCCACCUGAAACUUGUCCACGUAGGACUUUGUUCACUGUUAAUGCGAUUUUCUGAUUCUUCUCGAGCAAGAGGGACGCAGACACUAAGCAUUUUCCACGGGGCUGCGCUACCUGGCGUCUCAGAGAGUGUCUUCCCAGAAAACGGCCACCUUCUACCCAAAGAUGAUACAUGCUCAUAUCAUUUUUUCUAGUCAUGUUUAGCAUUUUGACACGAUACACAUGUACCCAGAACCAAGUGUUUCUUGGGAAUUUGAGUUUUGAGUGUUUCAUAAAACUAGAAACUGGUUCCUGUGAACCCAGGGGCUUUUCACCUGGAGUUCUUGUCUCCCAAGUUUAACUCUUUGAUGUGCAGGUGUUAUUUCAUCUGCAGACAAAUUUGGUGUAUCUAGAAAUAGAUCUGAGAAAUGGGAUGGUUGAGUGGGUUGGCAUGAGACGCUUGAUUAUGUUAGCAACACUCAAAACUGUCUGGUUUUUUCCAUCUUUGGCUUUAAUCAUAAAAUUGUCAAGUGAUUUGUGUUUGUACUUUAUUUUUUUUAUGCCUUCUGCAAAGGGUCUAAUGCAAAAAUAUUUUGCCUCCCCCCCCCCCACCGUGUAUCUGAACAUGAAGUAGAUUGUCUCAGAUACCAUGAAAAGAAUCAUCCAGAAACUAGUGCUUCUGCUGGCUGAGGACUCAGGGAGAUGGAGAGGGGGAGGAGAGUGGCCUGAUGGAAGGAGGUAGAGAAAGGAAGGAUGAAAAAUGGACCGAGAAGCAUUCAGCGGCAAGAGUUGAUAGCAUGGCCGCACUUGGGUGCAGUUCAAAAUCCAGCUGCCUGGCGGCCAGGGGGUGGGGCCGAGUGUCCAGAAGAUUUACAGCUGGAUCGCUCUGAGCUUUCUGUGCUCUGCGUUGUGGAGUUGUCCCAGUUCAGCAGUAUAUGCGCUUUCUUUUGGUUGGCAGAGAUUCAGGGCCGUGGAGUACUUUCUGUCAUAACGGAGUACGUGUCGGUUCCCGGCACAGGACCUCAAAAGAGGCCUUUACCUCAGCCGUGCCUCCCGGCCCCCAGGCUGAAGCCGAGCGCGGUGUUAUGGUCUAUUUAGGGACAAAGAACGAAUGAAGUGCAGGGACGAGGAAACUAGGUCAGCCCUCAGCAGCGGGGGCCACCCACGGGCCCGCGGGGAUCCUGGGCUCUCCCCCUCUGCACGGCCCCUGCUCCGAGACUGGGCUUCUCUGACUCGAAUGAGAGAUGAGCUGGCAGGCAAGGCAAGGGGAGGCGCUCCCUGUCAGGGGCGCCCCCAGAGUCCUCCCGGGAUGACCCCCCCACGCCUGCCACCGGACAGCCCCCAGGACGAUGGCGCCCGCGUUUCCAUCCCACUGGAUGCCAUCCUGCUUUGAGUUCUAACUGCUCUCCUCCCAACCUCAUCGAGGCUUUUUUCUCUAAGGGCCAGACUCUCCCAAAAGCCUGCUAAAAACAGAGACUGUACCUCUCAUGAACUUUACUUCAGUAGCCUGUGACGCAGGCCAGCAUGUUGGUGACGAAUUCUGCUUUGACAUUAGGUAAGAAUUUGAAAGGAGCGCUCCAUCCCUUACCGGACUUAGGAAGGAAACCCUGUUAAAUACGUUGGUUUCCUAGGAAGAGAAAUGAUCUAUGUCUUCAGCCAGAAAGAUACUAGCUCUGAAUCCUUGGGCUCCAGGAUUCUGAUAUGUUCUUUGUGAAAAGCAAAACGAUUGGUGUCCAAGGCAGCCUCCCCCUCCUCCCAACUCCCAAAUUUAAAAAAAAAAAAAAAAAGCUAUUAGAUUGCACGGGAUCAUUUGACAGAAAAUCUGCCUUCUGUGCUUUUGCCCCUGGGAGGCAUUUUCAGAGCUUUAUUUCUUGGUACCUCUCAGACAUUAAGCUUUUUGUGAAGUUGUGCAAAACCCCAGUAGAACAAGAAGACCUGGUCGGGAAGAGGGAAUGUGUUUUGGGGGCAUGGUGAAAAGGUGGCCGGAGGCAGGGACAUUGGCUCUGGAUGUCGCGUGCGGACCACUGCACCCCCACGCGCCUGCGUGCAGCUGGGUGAGGCAGUCGGCUUUCCCACUGCAGAUGUCCUUGCAAUAAACCUCUGGAAUUUUGUGAAUGACUUCUAAGAAUAGCCUUUUGCCGAUGAAUGGACAUGUUUUUCCAAGGGGCGGUGGGGGAUGUCCUUUGGUCACCUUUUCGCGUGUCUCUGGAAAAGGGUCAAAAACCGACAGCAGAAACCGAGGAUGCUGGGUGAAUGUAUUUACUUACGUGACCGACCUUAAGACUCACUAGCUCUCCCAUGCCCUUCAGGAGACUCCUGUACCUUAUCUGGGUCUAACCUGAUCUUGGGGAAAGAGGAAAAGGAACUAACAUGUAUUAGUUAUGCUCACCCUGUGCCAGAUGCUGGGCUAGGCAUUUCGUAAUUGUCUUGUGUCAUCCUCCCCAUAAUCCCGCGAAGUGAAUUUGUGACCCUCAUGUCCCAAGUAGCGUAUCCUGCUAAUACAGAAUGCAUCUAUCCAAUAUCAGUGCCCACGUGGAAAGAAGGAAAGAUGCCAUUCAAGUAUUUUCCGAAUUUUGUUACUCUUCCUAUGCCCUUUGCAACACUGUGAAAAGAGCCCUUUGGGGGCUUCUCUCUUCCAGAAUCCCUCUUUGGCUCAUCACCAGCUGGGUCUGCCAUGGGGAAUGUUUUGCUUGGCCUGCCCAUAUCUGAUGAGCUAGGACAAACCUCAAGAGGCCGCUGGCUAGCAGAACUGUAGUGCCCGGGAGGAAAAGGCUUUGGGGGUUUAGGCACACGUCUCGCUUCCUGGACUCCUUUCAGCAUCUGUUACUUCUACAGUGAAAUUCGAGAUGCAGCCAGAACAGGCCCUUGAAUGCUGUGAUUUCUUUCUCGGCUCCCAAGGCUCAUUUCAUCCCAGGCUGCAUCGUUUUAAGGUGAGAAGCCUUAAUCUUGCAGAGAAGCGUGGGAGAACCCGAUCACCCAAGGUAGACGCAAGGCCUGGACCAUUGACUUGAAAUCCUUUCUUGUGGGCCAGGGCUGGAUGUCUCUUUUUGAUGUUUGAACCGGGUCUGUAUUUUCCAGGCCAGUUUAAGCACUGCAGCUAAAUGUGAAUCUCUUUCGAGACCUAAAUGUUUUGGACAGUCGUGUCGUGACUUGGACAGUCAUUUAAAUAGCAUGUCCAAGGUCAGAAGAGCCCAAAAACUCCCCAGAGUUCCUUUCCUUGCUUCUCAAGGCACGUCCUCUAAAAUAGAUGGCUCAUGUCUCCAUGGCAACUGUUAAAGGUGCUGCCUAGAGGGGACCCACCCCUGCCCUCACUUGGCUUGAAAGAAGAAUCAAAAAAAAUUUCCUUGUGUAGAGGGGGUGCUGUUAUGUUCAGUUUUCUAUGAAAACUAUCCCCAAGAUCUUGCCUCUUUCAAACCUGGCAGCUGUCAAAUUCCUUGAAGAUAAUGUGGGAAAUGGCUCCUACCUCUUGUAAGCCAGAGAAAUGGCUUUAAAUCAGCACGAUUUGUUCCUAAACCAAAGGCCGCAUUCUAAUCCCGUCUUCCCCCUCUACCCAGAAUUCUCCCUUUUUCCCUUUCCGGGAGUUAUUUUUAGCCCAAGGCUUUGAACACGAUUGAGUUAAGACUUAAAAGCUGUAAAAAGAACACCGUAAACUCAGCCAGAACUGCCGUAGGGUCUCUAGGGUUGCAAAUAGUUCUAGAACUUUAGGGGCCAUUUGGCCUAGACCCAGAGGGGAUCAAACAGCCCCAGGUUUUUUGGCAUUUCAGUCCAGACCUUCAGGGACUGUUCUUUCUUGACCAUCAAGUGAGCGAGGGAAGGGAAGCUUCGCAAUAGAUUUCAAGCCAACUUUUCCAUUCAAAACAAGAUGCAAAUUUAUUUUUUAAAAAUUCAUAUCUUCUUUUCCUGGAACAGAACCAGGCAGCUGCCUUAUUAGGACUCUAAAUUCGGGUCUAUUUUCUUAGCACACACACAGACCCACACACAGGUACUUGGAGAAAGAAAAUACAGCUACUUUAUCAUUGAAAUGGUCCAAGGAAGAGCUGUACUUUGCUUUUUGUAAUCUCUAAGAUAGCAUCUAGGAAAGUAUUAGUGUAACUGUGAUAAUGCCAAAACAGGAAAAGCUAGUGAUCCCUCUUGCGAAACUUCGAGUUAGACUGAGUGAGGACAGAGAUCUGUUGGCCACCUGACCUUGUGUCCCCUCUGGACCAGGAUGCCCUGCCCCCGGCAAGUUUGCCUCACCAGGGCCUCUAGCCUAGACACUGGGGCUGGCAUCCUGGCCCAGCCCCUGGUGCGUAAAGGGCACAUCCCUCAGGAUAUGUUGUCAGGGGCCGCCAUAUACAACCACGGUUCCUCACACGCUCGCCCGCUCCUCCAGCGUGGCCUUGACUGGCAGCCCAGCCGUUCCACUGCGAUGUUCUGACCCCAGUGUGUGGAUCUGGGGCCCCUUCAUCUAGGUUGUCCCAGAUGGAGCAUCUUCAGCAUUGCCUUCUCCAGGGUUGAGGACUCCUUCAUGCAGCAGAUUCUGUAUAGAGCACCGUAUAAUCGCCCUUAACACCGGUUAAGCCAAACACAGCUCCUGGCCUCAAGGAGCCUAGCAUCAGUCAGGAAGACAGUGUGGAAACCGCAAGGGUCUGUACUGGGUGCUGUGGGAACAUCUCAAAGUGGCAACUGCCCAGCUUGGAGAAUCAGGGGGCUUCCAGAAAGAGCCGACAUCCGAGCUCAAGUGUGUCAGAGGACUGAGGGAGAGCGUUACAAAGGGCCUUUGGGGCUGAGAGGACAGCAUGGGACUCAGCCCAAAGGAGGGACAGUGCAGGCUGUUGGGGCCGGGAGGCAGCAGAGCAGCUAAAGCUGGGAGUUGAGGAGGAGAGGAGGGGGGGUGAGGGCAAUCAGUCAGCUGGGUGGUCCCGGGGGGCUCCCCCGGGGGCUUCACUGUGGAUGGGGGAGGGGAGGGAUAGAGAAAGCCGUAGACCGUGCUCUGCCCUCGGAAGCAGAGGUCACUGCUGAGGUCACCCCGAGAGGUAAGUGUGGUCAGCAUCAGGGCCCGGGUCUGCCCUGCUGCCGUGGGAGCACACGGUAGCUUGCUGAGAUGGUUUGUCCCCAUGUGUCCUCUGCCCCCCACCCCAGCACCGCAUCCUCCUGCCGAACACUGUUUCAGUUCGGGGGCUUUAACCCGGGCUAGCUCUUGCUUAGAGACGCACAGGGGACAGCGCCUGGUCGUCCUGAGCUGUCCAUAGAGCCACCGAGGCUAAAAUACCUCGUGGUACGAGGCUGGCCUAGACCCCGUGAGGAGGGGGUGCCCUAAGAUGACUUCCCGGGAAACAGCCGAUGGCUCGCUGGCCUCGUGUGACACCUUCCUUCAUCCUACCCAGAGGCGGCUGCCCUUGGACGGCCCUUCCCCAGGUUCAGUCACGCCCUGUGGCCAAGCCUCCACUGGGUCCCGAGUGCACGCCUGAAUCCUGCCCAAAAAAGGGACUAGUAAAAAAAAAAAAAUUUUUUUUUUAAAAAAGCACAAAUGGAUUGUAUGCGCACGGAAAAUACCUGCCAGCUUAGGCAGCCGGCAUGGACCUCGUGGGAACAGGGGGCCACCGAGCUCAGCUCUGCGCCCUCCGGUCGUGAGGCAGGGAGGCUUGGGGGGAAGCAGUCUCUUUGCGGAGACACCUCACAGUGCCUUUUAGGUUUUCCAGAGAACCUAUUCAGGGUUCAGAGCAUUGGGUUCUUCCCUCCCCCCACCCCCACAAAUAAUUAGAAAUUUUAUAAAGAGAAGAAAAAGAAUUCGAUGAAUCAAAAUACUAGCUGUGAGGCAGCAUGGUUUCUAGAAACUUAAGAAAAGGCUCAAACAAGUGACAUGGUUUCCCUGAGAGGUUGGAGGAAUUAGGCACUGAAGGCACUUUUCUUAGUUGAGUCGUUAAGUCUCCAGGGAUCCCAAAGGGCCCUGAAUAUUCCUUGGGGCUGACCUCUUUUGCAAGACCCCCACACCGGGCCUUCUGGGUGCAGCCUGGCAUAUUCAACAGCAACGCCAGCCUUCCAAACCCCUGGAAAGAUUUGAGUGCAAACACCCACCCUUUUCCCAGACACUCCUCCGGCUCCUUGCUGACGAAAUUCUACUUCUGUCUUGUGGUUCCCACUCGAAUAUCCCAUAGGCCUAGUCCUUUCUAUUAGAAUUUGGCCUGCAGCAGUCGUGAUGCUGGAAAUUGACAGAGCAUUUGGCCUCACACACACCUACCUUCAAAUUAAGGUCCUGCGGGGUCCCCUUGGUGGCGGCAGGAGGGUGGUCACGGAAUAGAGCUGGACUUCCCUUAGGGCACCGUCUCCCCAUUGUCUGCUCUGGUCCCGUUCCCUCACUGUCGCCAGGAAAGGAUCAAAAUGCCUCCUUGCUAGUUGUCCGUGGCCGUGUAUUUGCUGCGUGUGUUGUGUUUUACUUAGGAAGAAGGCCUUCCAUUCAAGUGAGAUACGGUGGCGGGAUUAGGAGGCAUCCGCUCUCAGUUGGGUCUGAAGGGUAUCUUGGGGCAAUGCUCUUCUGAGCACCUGCCAGGCUUCUCGGGUGGGCAUGGGAGCCCAGCAGGGCAGCCUCCCCAGCACUCUGCAUGCACGUGAAUUCUAUAAAGCAGUGGGUGCCCGUUUAUUUCUACCGCACAUGCCUCUCAGCAAAAACUCUGUGAGAUGCACCCCUCUGUAUGUUUACUAAUUUAUUUAACGCCUAUAGUCACGUACUUCUGUACUACUGUAUUAGACACAUUAUAAAAAGUACACAACGUAGCCAUUUUAAAAGAAUAAGAUACAAAAUAUUAUAAACAGAGGUUCUGGUAUCUUCUCUCUGAACACCGCAGGGGGGACCUCGAGUACCCCCUGGUAUGUGCACACUCACUUUGGACACUACUGUUUUAAGAGCAAACUGGCACACCUUCAUGGCAUCCAUCCCAAAACCACUGUGCUGGCACUUGGCCUGCAGAAUAAGAAGGUCUUAAGAUAAAAAUCCCAGGAGCUUCUCAUCUGGGAGACAGGGCAAACCAACUCUUCCAACAACCUACAUUUCAAUAAUGAAAAACCUGCCCAACAGGAAAGCUAUCCCUGGACAGUGGUGGCUACAGGUGCUAAGAAAAGAUCAGGUACAAUGUCCAGAGCCACGGGAUUGCUCAUCUUCCCUCUCUGGGUCUCCAGAAGAGGACGGUUGGCAAUCUUCCCGGCUCUCGCAUGAUUGGAAUUCUUUGAACCCUCCAACUGCUUCAACAGUACACUCCCCACGCCACCAGUGGGCCCACGUCGCUUGACUAUUAUUGUUGAUUUGACCACCGAGAUGUAAUGAUGAUUCUGUUCCAUUUUGAAAAGGGUCUGAGAAAGUGUACAGGUCUAAUUAUAUAUACAUAUUUAUACAUGUGUAUUUUUGUUUAUUGUUACAUUUUGACAUUGGACUUUCUAUUAAAUAAUUUUUAACAGUU